GCUCGAAGGUGGAGCACACUAAACGAGCAUUCCCGACAUCUCCAAUCAAUUCCAGGGCGCAUCGCCAACCGAUUGAUAUCCUUGCCGGAUAGUCAGCUCUCAUUUGGCCGGCCAUGGAGGCCGCAUCCGCGCGACAGGCGACUCGCGACCGCUUCGCUUACCCCACCGAACCUGCAGCGACACCCCUCCAGCGGUAUAUCCAGAAUGCUUGUUCACCAGAGAACUUCGAGCCCAAUCUCGCCUUAUCCUUGGAGAUUACCGACCUGAUCAAUGCCAAGCAGGGUGCUGCACCUCGUGAGGCGGCGGUGGCCAUUGUGCAAUAUGUCAACCACCGCAAUCCCAAUGUCAGUCUGUUGGCCUUGAGCUUAUUGGACAUUUGCGUCAAGAACUGCGGAUACCCUUUCCACCUUCAGAUUUCGACCAAGGAGUUUCUGAAUGAGUUGGUCCGCCGCUUUCCGGAGCGGCCGCCGAUUCGGACUACCCGUGUGCAGAAUCGCAUUCUGGAGCUCGUGGAGGAAUGGCGCAGGACGAUAUGUGAGACGAGCAAAUACAAGGAAGACCUUGGCUUCAUCCGGGAUAUGCACCGGUUGCUGCAUUACAAGGGAUAUACGUUCCCUAAGGUCAAGCGAGAGGACGCGGCGGUGCUCAACCCGAGUGACAACUUGCGCAGUGCUGAAGAGAUGGAGGCGGAGGAGCGCGCUGCACAGAGCGCCAAGCUUCAGGAGUUGAUCCGGCGAGGGACACCCCAUGACCUUCAGGAGGCCAAUAGGUUGAUGAAAAUCAUGGCCGGAUAUGAUACACGUCACAAGACCGAUUACCGUGCGAAAGCGGCUGAGGAGGUCGCCGGAAUCCAGCAAAAGGCCAAAUUGCUCGAGGAAAUGUUGCAGGAUCACCGGGAAGGACAGGAGAUGCAAUCAGGUGAUGUGUACGAAGAGCUCGCCAACGCUCUUGCAAGCGCACAUCCAAAGAUUCAAAAGAUGUGCGAGGAGGAGAGCGACGACCACGAGGCCGUUGCAAAGCUCUUCGAGAUCAAUGACAGUAUUCACCGCACAAUAGAGCGAUACAAGUUAAUGAAGAAGGGUGAUGUAGCUGGAGCAAACGCUAUUCCAAAGGGCACUCUGGGCGUAAGCGGCGCAGGCGUGAAGAAAGGCCCACAUAAUGAGUUGUCAUUAAUUGACUUUGGUGGUGCGGAAGAAGCAGCGCCAGCGUCAGCCGAGUCAUCUGCUCCGAAAGCCAAAGGCAAUGCUCUCGAAGAUGAUCUUCUAGGCUUGAACAUGGGCGAUGGGAACUAUGGCCAAGGCGGAGGCAUCUCACUUGGGACCAACGACAUUAUGGCGCAAUUCUCUCAGCAAUCAUCAAAACCGCAAGUGGCACCGAACUCGAUAUUUGCUUCGUCCAGCGCGGGUAAAUCCGUGGUGUCAAGUCCUGCGCCAUACCAACCACCGCAACAGCAACAGCAGCCUCAGCAGCCUCCACAGAAGAAAGCGGAUCCCUUUGCGUCUAUCACAUCGCCUUCUCGCAAUGCCAGUCCCUUCCAAUAUACCUCCGCGACAAAACCUCCCCCAGCUCCCGCAUCAUCCAGCAAUGGCAAUGGCAUCGACCUCCUCGGCCUUGGUGGCAGCAGCGCAACGCCUGCUGCGGCACCAUCAUCGAGCAGCACCGUCCUCGACAACGAUGAGUGGCAAUUCUCAUCAUCACUCCCACCAGAUCAACCGGCCGAGAUUCUCGUGACCAACAACGGCGAGAUCCGCGUCAACUUCACAGUCCGACGAUCCAGCGAGACCGAGCUCCUCAUCAGCAGCCGCAUCUCCAACCUCACAUCCCAACCCAUCCGCGAUCUGACCUUCCAAUUGGCCGUCACAAAGGCCUACACCCUCCACCUCGACCCGCAAUCCUCCCGCGCCCUAGCUCCCAACCAAAAAGACGGCAUCACGCAAGUCGUCAGAUUACAAGGCUGUGCGCGCGGCGCAGGCACAACGGUCAAGAUGCGCUGGCGCGCCAGCAUGACCCUGGGCGCGACCAACGCGCACAAGGAGGCCAUGGGAAGUAUCGAGGGAUUAGGCAUUCCAUGAUCACAUCUCUCUUUUGCUGAAUGGCAGAGGCGGAGAUGCGGGAAUGAAGUUUAGAUAUCUCGCCGAGAGGCGAAUGGCCCAAAAUGGAGGAAGUGAAAUGGAAAUACUAGAGCCUCUUUUCCCGCGUUAUGUUUCACCGGAUCUCUCAUGAUUUGGUUGACUGUCUCUCGUAUUCGUUACUGCGCAUUAGCUGCGAAGUCAAGCUUCAUAAAUCUGACCCUGUUGAGAGUGACGAACUCGCUGGUGCAUGGCUCCCAUUUCCUAUGAGCUGAGGGGAAUAUGUC